CCAUCAUCAUCAUCACCACCACCACCACCAUCAUCACCACGACCAUCAUCACCACCACCACCAUCACCACCAUCAUCAUCACCAUCAUCAUCACCACCAUCAUCACCACCACCAUCAUCACCACCACCAUCAUCAUCAUCACCACCACCAUCAUCACCACCGCAACCACCAUCAUCACCACCCUAGCCAUCAUCCCCACCACCAUCAUCACCAUCAUCACCACCAUCACCACCAUAUACUCACUUUCAACUCUUGUGUCUUUCAGCGAUCACCUGGUACACCAACCGAGAGUAAACUCGAUGAAAAUAUGUUUCAUUUUCCAACUUGCCGCGUCAGUGAAUGUAUCCCAGAGUUCUGCAAUCUUGUAUAUACAACAUUGGUUGAAGCUACUGAGAGCAAUAAGCCAGGGUAAGAUCCUAUCAUACUCUCGUACUCUGGUUUUCGGUACGAGAUUAUAACGAUUAUAUCAAAAGUAUGGUGAAUGUUGCGUUGUACAAAGGUUAAAUGUGAACAAGGGUGACAUGAGAGUUUAUUAUGUACAUAUAUUAUUUGCUGAUAAUUUUUCUUUUGCACUCUAGAAAUGUUAAGUUAUUCUACACUGCAAGAAACAUGUUUGAACUGUAUCUAGUGGUUGUGCCUACUUACUACGAAGAAGAUUUGGUACGUUAACAAACGUUAUUUAUAUUGCAUAGUUCAGUUCCAAAUUGUUCCCCUAUAAGUCCGGUAAAAGCCAUUCCUUAUUGUUCCAGUGUUACUACAGGAGGAAACCUAAACUAAAGUAACUUUAUUUAUACUGGAUAGCUCUAUCAGUUCUAAACUGUUCUCCCUAGACUUCUACAGGUCCUGUAAGAAUCAUCUACAGUACAGCCCUAAUGAAAGUUAACCAUUCUCGCUCGAUGCUAUCGAGGAAAAUGUUUCGAGUAUCGAGAUCUCGAAACCCACUCGAUAAAAAUUCUCGCUCGCUCGAUAGGCUUCUCGAAACGCGCUUCGCGUUACUCGAUACACAAGAAUUUUGCGAGAAGCGAGAAAUCUCGAUGCAAACAUUCUCGAGAAUUCUCGUAACAAGAAAUCUCGAUGCAUCCAUUCACGAGAAUUCUCGCAGCGCUAUAAUUCGUGUAAAUUUUUUCGCAAAAAGUAACGUUGCUUCGCAUGUCCGUGCGAAAACACGGAGUAAACUGAAAAUAACAAAUGACUGAUCUUUAAGGACAACAUUAAAAUCCAGAAACAUUAAAAUCCACAAUCAAUAUUUUGAAAUAAAGACGAAACACAAUCUACGAAUAAUAAGUAUUAUUUUACCUACAAAAAUAUCAACUUCGCUUUCCAUGCCUUUCCAUUCAGCAUCACUUGGACGUCACUUCCUUUGACCGCGAUGACUACUUCAUUUGCGCUCAGUAACUUCUCACGCAACACAUACGCGACACCACUAACAGUGUCUUGUCAGCGUAAAAGUAAAACUAACUAACUAAGUAAAACUUCGUCCAAUUUCUUGAAGACUUGACAUCGCGUUCUUAUUUCUAUUUCUAUAAUAUCUCUCAGAGCAGGCUCAACGACAGACUUCAAAAUAGUAAUGAGCCUAAGACGCUUCAGAUCUCGGUAUAAAUCAGACAGCAUGUUUUUCACUGACAUCAUCUGUAACGCUCUUUUGUUUUCGAUAAUCCAUACGAGACAAUAAGUUGUCGGUGGAGUUCCUGUUAUUGUGGUUAUAAAGAUGGUGCAUGAAUACAGUUAUCCGUCACUAAAUGCAAUCAACCGAAGCGAACUAACAUUAUUUAUAGCCUAAGGCUAUAAUUAUAUAGAUUGCUUUUAGUGUAUAUGAGUCACACCGUAAAAUUUUGGAAAUAGUCUUAUUUUCUAUUUCUAACGAGUAGGUUGAACCGCUAAUUCUAAUAAAGUAUAUAAUAGAAAGAGCAUGCUUUUACUGACACUAUAACAUGUAACACUUCGAAUAAACAGACGCUGAUUUAACCAGGGAAUUUUGUUUAUCUUGUGGUUGGGUAAAGGUGAGUAACGAAAUAAUAUAACCGCUAUCACCCUAUCAUAAUUAUAUUUUUAGGGAACUGGUAUAAAUAUAUAUCAAAAUAUGUGACGUUUGCCAUGCAAGGAAACAGCAAUUAUCAUCCUACAGUAUAUUUCGCCACAUGUUGGUCAAACUCUCGCUCGAUUUCGAAUGAUACAAACAAUUUUCGAGAACCCUCGCUCGAUAUCUAAUUAAAGUCUUCGAGAACACUCGCUCAAUAAUUUUCGAGAACACUCGCUCGAUAUUAAAAUUUUUCGAGAACGCUCGCUCGCUUCGCGCUCGCAUUCUCGCAACUCGCAGAUUUCUCGUUAGGGGCCAAAUCGCGUUCGAUAGCCUCUCGCUCGAACUCGCAACUCGCUCGUUACACGAUGUUAACUUUCAUUAGGGCUGUACUGUAUUAUUGAUCCAGUAAGGGUCAUCUCUUAUUGAUCCAGUAUUACUGCAGGAGGAAACCGAAACUAAACUAACUUUAUUUAUACUGGAUAGCUCUAUCAGUUCUAAACUGUUCUUUCUAGAGGUCCAGUAAGGAUCAUCUCUUAUUGUUCCUGUGUUACUGCAGGAGGAAACCUAAACUAAAUUUAGUCUAACUUUAUUUAUACUGGAUAGCUCUAUCAGUUCUAAACUGUUCUUCCUAGAGGUCCAGUAAGGAUCAUCUCUUAUUGAUCCAGUGUUACUACAGAAGGAAACCUAAACUAAACUAACUUUAUUUAUACUGGAUAGCUCUAUCAGUUCUAAAAUGUUCUUCCUAGAGGUCCAGUAAGGAUCAUCUCUCAUUGAUCCAGUGUUACUACAGGAGGAAACCUAAACUAAACUAACUUUAUUUAUACUGGAUAGCUCUAUCAGUUCUAAACUGUUCUCCCUAGAGGUCCAGUAAGAAUCAUCUCUCAUUGAUCCAGUGUUACUACAGGAGGAAACCUAAACUAAACUAACUUUAUUUAUACUGGAUAGCUCUAUCAGUUCUAAACUGUUCUUCCUAGAGGUCCAGUAAGGAUCAUCUCUUAUUGAUCCAGUGUUACCACAGGAAGAAACCUAAACUAAACUAACUUUAUUUAUACUGGAUAGCUCUAUCAGUUCUAAACUGUUCUUCCUAGAGGUCCAGUAAGGAUCAUCUCUUAUUGAUCCAGUGUUACUACAGGAGGAAACCUAAACUAAACUAACUUUAUUUAUACUGGAUAGCUCUAUCAGUUCAAAACUGUUCUCCCUAGAGGUCCAGUAAGGAUCAUCUCUUAUUGUUCCAGUGUUACUACAGAAGGAAACCUAAACUAAACUAACUUUAUUUAUACUGGAUAGCUCUAUCAGUUCAUUAACUGUCCUUCCUAGAGGUCCAGCAAGAUACACACGAUAAUAUGAACACAUAAAUUGUCUAUUUUUCAGCGUGAACUACCCCAGAUGUCCGCACUUCAUUACAAUAACUGUAUGUACCUUGCACACCACCUCCUUACCUUGGGUCAUCAAUUUCUACCAAAGCUUCCAGAACAUUUGAAACGUGGUGCUGCUACGUUUGUUGAUAUGAUAUCACCAAUGCGAAAUCUCGGAGAAAAGUGUUUUGAGGAUCAGUUGGUAUGUUUUGUCCAAACUUUCUGAAAAUUGUCGAAAACCAUUUCUCUCAUCAAACAAUGUUCUGAAAAAUUUUGGUAAAAUGCAAAGGGGGACCACAGGAAAUUUCUUAAAAAAUCAAAAAAUGCCCCCAACCACUCCAAACUUUCUGAGAAUUGUUGAAAACCAUUUCUCUCAUCAAAACAGUUAGUUUCAACUGAUAAAAACAUGUUUUGAAACAUUUUGGUAAAAUGUAAAAGGGGGGACCACAGGCUGAUGAUGAUGGUGAUGGUGAUGAUGGUGGUGAUGAUGGUGAUGAUGGUGAUGAUGGUGAUGGUGAUGGUGAUGAAUGUGAUGAUGACGAUGGUGGUGAUGGUGAUAGUAAUGAUGAUGAUGGUGAUGGUGAUGGUGGUGAUGAUGGUGAUGAUGGUGAUGGUGAUGGUGGUGAUGGUGAUGGUGAUGGUGAUGGUGGUGAUGGUGGUGAUGGUGAUGAUGAUGAUGAUGAUGGUGAUGGUGAUGGUGAUGGUGAUGGUGGUGAUGAUGGUGAUGGUGAUGGUGAUGAUGAUGGUGAUGGUGGUGAUGGUGGUGAUGGUGAUGAUGAUGGUGAUGGUGGUGAUGAUGGUGAUGGUGAUGGUGGUGAUGGUGAUGAUGAUGGUGGUGAUGAUGAUGGUGAUGGUGAAGAUAUGAUGAUAAUGAUGAUGAUGAUUCCUAACGGAUCACAUAUUACUCUUAUCCUAGCGAAAGCAAUCCCAUAUCUUGCUUGAUAUACUUGAUGGAGGAGGUGGCUUUACAGACCUAUACGCUACACUUGUGGAAAAAUCUAUCCAGCAAGUAAGUGAUUUCUACAAAAACCAAUUCGUUAGCUUUCCAGCGAUUCCGGGGCUCCUUUUAACAUACCCUGACUGCAAACCUUCAAGAAACUUACUAAUAGUUGAAUUUCUGUCAAGGUUUGUCUUCAGCUUCGCAAACUGAGUCGUGUAUGGAAGGAUAUCUUGCCUGAGAAUAUAUACAAGUCAGCACUUGGAACACUGCUCAAUAUUUCAUUGAACAAAUUUCUGGCAGACAUUCUCAAACUUGAGGUAGAAGCUUAA